AUGAUAGUGAUGAAGCAAACAUGGGGAAUAGGAGAAAGGAGAUUCAAAAACAACUUUGAAAGAAGGAUGAAGAUCUACAGAAGCUUGGUGAAAAGCGUUAUGAUGUAUGCAGCAGAGAUAUGGGGAUGGAGCGAAUCGGAGAGACUUGAAAAACUACAUACAAAGUACAUAAAAUGGGUAUUAGGAUUGGACUUCAAUACACCAACAUAUAUAGUAAUGGAUGAAACAAAGGAGGACAAAAUAAGAAUAGAAGCAGGCAGGAGAGCAGUGAGAUACGAAGAAAAAACGAGGACGAAAGGAAUUAACAAGAUAAUACUAGAAUGCUGGAAAGAGAUAGAUACAAAAUGCGAGAGGAAAAGGUCGAAAUGGGAAGAACAGAGAAGACAAUACUACGAAGAGAAAGGAAUAGAAAUAAAGGAGGUUAAAGCUAGAUGCACGGGAGAACUGACGCUAGCAGAAAAUCUAUCACAGUUAGACAGAGCAGAGCAGUGCCAAUCAUUUUAUGACAGGAUAGUAAUAGGAAGGUAUAACAGAAAUUAUAGAGGGAUAAGGGAGGAAAACCGAGCAUAUUAUUUGAAAGCAGAAUACAAAGGAAGGGACCAGUCAAUGAUUGCAAGGUUCAGAUGUGGGAAUGAAGAAAGAGGCAACAGAUACUGGAAAAAGAAAGAGGACAACGUCUGUAGAAUGUGUGGAUUAGGAGAGGAGACAAUAGAACACUUGUUAGAAGAAUGUAGGGAAGUAGAAAGGGAUAAGGAUUUAACAAGGUGGAAUAUUUUGCAGGGUCAAGAGCAGGGGAAAAAAUGGAUGAGGGAAAUAAUCCGAAGAAGGAAGGAGAUAGGCCAGGGACAGAAGACCUGAACGGACG